UAGGGCGAUAGAAUGAUCCACCAGCUCGCCCUCCUCGUUGGUGCGCUCUCCUUCUUCCACAGCUCCGAGUUCGCCCUCGCGUUGCUCAUCCAUGGCCGCCAUCACGUCUCCUGGAAGUCGUUCCUCUUUAGCCGCGACUACCUCGUGGCCAUGGCUGCGGGCGUUCUGGAGCAUCUUGCGGAGAGCUUGGUGGUUCCAGGAAUCAAGGAGCACCCGUGGAUCAGCAACGCGGGCCUCGCUCUCGUGGUCGCGGGGGAGAUGAUUCGCAAGGCGGGAAUUCUAACCGCGUGGAAUGGCUUCACUCACGACAUCAAGACUCACCGCCAUGACAAUCACAUCCUCGUCACGCACGGGAUGUACAGCUUCCUUCGCCAUCCUGGCUAUGCCGGCUUCUUUCUGUGGUCCGUGGGAACACAGGUGAUGAUGCUCAACCCCUUGUGCACCAUCGCCUACGCGAUUGUCACCUGGAGAUUCUUUCACUCUCGCAUUGCGUAUGUUGCCUCCUUGUUACUCUUUUCCUUCAUAACACUACCUGUCGUCAGCUGCGAGGAGUACUUUCUCCGCCGCUUCUUUGGAUCCCAGUACGAAGAUUACGCUCGGCGUGUUCCAUCGGGAAUCCCCUUCAUCAAAUAGCUACGAGAUCGAUUGGCUUCUAGUUACCGCAGACAGAACAUCCAGCCACCCCUCCAGAAUUCUGGGAACUUCGCACGGACUUUCUGUGGGUCUGGCAUAACCGCAAACUAAUAUCAGUACGGGCAAGAGACUUGAGCUACUCGUAGGUUCGUCGUCACCUUGGAAGAAACUCCCGUCCAGCAACCAGGACGACGUCGCAGACUUGUUCCACAAAAUCCUCCAAAGACGGGACUGCAGUAUUGACCAUAAGCAAGCUUUCGACUGCACCCUGGCUCACGCAAGAGAGGGAAUAUCAGUGGUGGAAGCAUAUCAAGCGGAGUGUUCUCACCGCCAACUGAGCGGCACUCCCAACCUGCAGCUUGUCGCAAAGCUGCUCUAACAAGGUGGUGGCUUGGCUGUGAUUUUUCCCACCACAACGGUCCGUAAUCUGCACGAGGUGGAACUUCGAGAGUGUUUGAAGCAAUGCAUCGGGCAUACAUA